CAGUUGUGAAUUGAAUUUGGAACGUGUUACAAGCUUCAAACUUUUCGCUCAUACCUUUUUUUUUAAAUUCAGAAACAGACACACACAGACACUUUAGAGCAUUUCAACGUUAGUUUUUAUUCCUCAUUUUGGUGCAUAGUUCCGUUUAUAUUAAAUUUCGUUUGGCUCUUUGUUACGAGUGAAACAGUUUUUGACGGAAGAAUUUCAAUUUUUAUUUCGAUAGUUACUGCAAAUAAUCAGACAAAAAUGUUGGUCAAAUUAGUUGGAUUGUGUGCGCUAGUGGCUGUUUGCAGUGCAAUUGGGGUACCAUUGACUGUAUAUUAUGAGUCGCUAUGUCCUGAUAGCGUAAGAUUUAUCGUCGACCAAUUACACCCGGUGAAAUCCAGCCCGUUGGGUCGUUACAUUGACGUCACUCUAAUCCCAUUUGGAAAGGCAUCCUAUAAAACGGAAGGAGCGGAUGUGCUAUUCACUUGUCAACAUGGUCCAAAUGAAUGCUACGGCAACAAAGUGCAUGCCUGUGCCAUCCAACACAUUCAGGUGAACUCAUAUCAGAAUUCAAAAACAAAGGAAUCGCUUACAUUAGACUAUGUAGCGUGUUUGAUGCAUUCUUGGAUUACAUUCAAAGAUGCCGUUUUUCCGGGUGCAAAAUGCGCAAAAGAUUUGCAGCUACCAAAUUGGCACGUGAUUGAAGAGUGUGCCAAUACAACAGAAGGCAGUAAAUUACUACAAGACUACGGUGUACGAACCCAAGAGUUGAAUCCACCACUGUCUGAAGUGCCAACCAUCACAUUCAAUCAUCAAACCGACAAACAACUGCACGAGCUUGCAUUGAGAGACCUACGGACAGCCGCUUGCCGCGUCAUGAGAGAACCCAAACCAUAUGAAUGCAGCAAUAUAAACAGUGCCAUUGGAAAUACCGCAACAUUUGCUCUGGUUUCAAUUUGUGCAACCAUUUUUGCCGUCAUGAAAGUCUUUUAGACACGAAAAUAUCUUAUCGAAUGUAAAGAGACUUAAUUUUUUUUUCUUUAUUUGCACAAAAUUGUACUAAAUCAGAGGAAUGAUGAGGUUUAAGUGAAUUGCUUUCAAUGCAAUUUUAUAAAACAAAAUGUUGUAAAUAUUUUCGGUGUGCAAUUUUUAUCGAAAUGAACAGCAAUUUCAAGUGAUUUUCAUAUAUAUUUUAUUUGUAUGUUGAUAACGUAAAUCGAAACUGUCCUAUUGUACAAAAAAGAAAACGUAUUGCAAUCUUUUUACUCUAGCAUAAUCACACAGGCGAAAUCCAUUGAAAUUGAAAUUGUAAAUGGAAAAUAUUCGAAUAAAUUGUGUCAACACACAGAAAA